UCCAGGUUGUAAUGUUUUAUACAUUGAUGUUUUGCAGAAGGUAACUAUCAAACUGUCCAACAUAAUUGGCAUAGCGAAGGAGCCAUUUGACCCUGAAACUUACGUGGAAGAGGACUUUUACAAGACUGAUGCGACUGGGUUCAAAAGGUGCAUGCCACCUGGCAACAUGAUUCGCUGGAGAAAAGUUAACAAUCCAGAUGGAACAUCUUCGGUUGAAAGCAAUGCAAGAUUUGUAGAGUGGAAAGACGGGAGUACUCAGCUGCUAAUUGGAAACGAGGCUUUUGACGUAUCUGAGCAAGAAGUUAAAGACAUUCAGUCGCAUAUUUUUAUGAAGCAUAAAAAGGGUAUCUACGAAGCACAAGGAAAAGUCUCGAAGAAUAUGAAGUUCAUGCCGUCAUCUUUAUCUUCAAAUUCCCAUCGUUGCUUAACUGCUCUUGUCGAUUCAAUGCAUAAAAAGGUCAACAAAGUCAAAGAGUACAUCACUGAUGUCGACCCUGAGAGGAUGAUUGAUCAAAACGAAAAGUUAGAGAGGCAAAGAAUCAAAGCUACUAAACAGCUUAAUAACAAGAAGAAGAAAGUCGCUGACAAGUACAGUCCUAAAGGCUACAAGGAGACUCAACUUACGUCUGGUUUCCUAGACGAGGAUGAUGAGCAGGGUGAUGAUCUGGAUCUGGAAAUGGAAGCUGCAGUGGAGAAGCGCAUUAUGAAUGCAAAGAAGGUGCCAAAAUAUACUCGCAAAUCAUCACCAUCCAAUGUUAAGCUGGAAGGAAAUGAAGUAGAGGAAAUGCAAGAGGGAGAAGAGGAAGAAUUCUACGAGGAUUCAGAAGUUGAAGCUGAGAUGGGCAGUUCAAAACCAAAAGGCAAGAAGUCAGGACGAAGACUCAUCAAGAAGUACAUCGAUUCCGAUGAGGAUGCACCACAGAGGAUAAGUGCCACCACCAGACGCAAGAAUGCCAUCAUUUAUGACAGUGACGACGAAUAAGACGGACUGCAGAGUCGCAUGUUUUACGGAAAAGGAAGCUCUUCAAAUUACUUAAGCCUGUCAUAAAUCAUAGAGACAGUGAGUGAUUCUUUUCUGGUUAUUGGUACGAACAAAAGUGAUAACUGACUGAACUUAACUGACUUAACCGACUUAACUGUGGUUUUUGGAACCUUAACUGACUGAACUGAAACCCUAAAUUUGUUCUGUUUCAUCUGCA